AUGCAAUUAAAACGUUUUCGUACAAAACUAAAAGAGCAUGUGAUGAAUGAAACAAUCCCAAUCAUUAAAAUUUAUGAAGAAGAAGUGAUUUCAUCUCAAGUGCCACCACAAACGUUAUCAAUUAUGCCAUUAGCGCGUGACCUACAAACAACACAAUUUAUUUACACGGAAAUUCAACGUCAUGCUGUUUGGGCAAAUAUGCAAUUUUGGGAAAUGUCAUUCUAUUCUGAUGUUCAGCUUCAAAUACGAAAUUUAUAUUUAUCACAUGAAGAUUCUACUCAAAAUAAUAAUGAAAGUUCAACAGUUACAGAUUCAUUAUCAACAUUAUCAACAGAUACAAUUACACGUUAA